UGAUUAUUUCGAUAAAAUUAACGUUUUACUAUAAAUACUGGGACUUAAUGAUUUAUUUUGUGUAAACAUCAUUAGAUAUGCGUGCCUUAGUGGUUUUGUUAGUCCUGGCUGCGGCUGCGGUUGCAGCAGAACUAAAAGCGGACCCUAAACCCACCGGUAGCAGGAUCGUGGGAGGUUCGGUGACCGACAUCAGCAAAUGGCCUGAGAUGGCAGCUCUGUUAUUCUCCUUCGGAACCACUGGCCAUACGCAAUCUUGCGGAGGUACCAUCCUGAAUCAGAGAUCCAUAUUAUCUGCUGCUCACUGUUUUGGGAACGACGCACCAGCAAGAUGGCAGGCUCGUCUAGGAUCAACCUACGCCAGCAGCGGCGGAAUCGUCUUCACUACCUUACAGUUGAUCAAUCAUCCUCAAUACAGCACUCCAGUUUUCUUGGACAACGACAUAGCAAUCUUGCGCGUUUCUGGCACUAUCACCUACAAUAACAACAUCCGACCUGGAAGCAUUGCUGGUGCCAAUUAUAAUGUGGCUGAUAAUCAAGUCGUGUGGGCUACUGGAUGGGGACUAACAUCUCAAGGAGGAAGACCCUCAGAGGAGCUACGUGAAGUACAAAUUUGGACUGUCAACCAGGAGAUAUGCAGAACUCGCUACGCCCUUUCUGGUGUGACUCUCACUGACAACAUGCUAUGCUCGGGUUGGUUAGACGUUGGUGGUCGUGACCAGUGCCAGCAGGACUCUGGUGGUCCCCUCUUCCACAAUGGAGUCGUCAUUGGCGUCUGCUCUUUUGGUAAUGGAUGCGCCGAUUCCUUCUACCCUGGUAUCAAUGCUCGGGUAUCUCGCUAUACUUCUUGGAUCCAAGCUAACGCCUAAAUAUUGGACAAUAUCAUUCUGUAUAAUUUUUUUUUGACCGCAAUUAACAUUUAUCACAAUAAAUAUGAUUGUAAUCGAAUAUUUCGUUAUUGA